UAUAUGUUUACUACUAGUGGAAAUGUUGAACAUUGUCCCGCUCGGCAAUGAAAAUGAAAUAUCAAGAAGUGGUCAGAUACUUUUGGAUAGGGUAGGGCAUCACUCUGUGUAACACUGAGAAAGUUCAUUAACAGUUGUGAAGAUUAUUCAGGUCCCUAAUAAACAAUUUGUGCAGUGCAGUCAAGUUUUACCUGAAAUUCUUCUCUCUUUGACACAAAGGUGGCAUUGCUACUGGAGCUAUAUCUGAUGUACUUGACUCAAGAGCGAUAUCCUGUGUAACUAUGAUGUACUUUGCGGUCCCUACGCUCUUCGUAUAUCGCUCGGUAGGUCAUGAGUCAUAUGCCCUAACUGUGUGUUUGGUAAUGUUAUGCGGUUUAUUCAUCAAUGGACCUUAUGCUGUGAUAACCACUGCAGUUUCUAAUGACCUGGGAACUCACAAGUCCUUGAAAGACGACACUAAAGCAAAAGCAACCGUUGGUGCAAUCAUUGAUGGGAUCGGCUCUCUUGGUGCAGCCUGUGGCCCACUCAUCACUGGGUGGGUGUCUGAUGAAUUUGGUUGGGAUCAAGCGUUCUUUGUUCUAAUGACAAGUUGCUUCCUUGCAUCAUUAUCACUAACCAGACUUCUCAUAAAAGAAGUACGGUAUCUCUACAACAGAGUAUCAGGAAGAUGGAGAAAGUACAGGUAUGUUCCCUACCGCCCUCCUUCCCUCUGUCACUCCCUCUCUCCCCUCUCUCGCUAUUAUUAUUGACAUUGGUUACCAUACAGCCUCCGGGCAUUAUAAUAUUGGGGCAUCAGUAUGCAUUGGGUUUAGUGUAUAUGAGAUCUCACAUGCUCUACUUUUCAACCUCACACCUAUCCAAGCUGAAAUACACCCUAAUAAUCAUUUUCUGUUGUUUUUUCAUGACAUUCCACCAGCUAAAUCCCCUCACAAGCUUUCUCAGAGAAGUAUUUUUGGGAGAUAGUUCAUGCGUCUGGUCUCAAAACCAAGCAUCAUUGACCUGUUUGACAUUUUCACCUUGGGUCACAAUCAAUACUUCGUCUGUGUGUGUGAGCUUAUUCUGCUACUACAGGCUAUGAGGUGGCGUAUGUGUAUGAGCGAUACCAGUGGCUUUAGAACAAUGAAAGCGUGAAAAAAUUAAUUAUCCCUGGAUGACCACAUUGGCAAGAAACGGCAACAAAGCCAAUACACCUAAUCAGCACUUGCUUAUCUUAAUGAAAAGCACUAAAGUGCAAACCCUCGGCGAACUGCGCAUGCGCGGUACUGCUAAUUGAUGGGCUGGGCUUAUUAUAUGCGUUUACUCGUGAUGUGCCACUAGUAGCUCGCGGAGAGUGUGACACGGGCUAGCUACAGUAGUAGAUAGCAUGCGGGAGUCGAUACACGCCCUUCGUUGUGACUUUUAGUGCCUCAGAGGUACACAGAUAAAGCGGAUCAGGUCGAGGUAAGCUAGUGCGAAUUAGCAUAUGGCCACUCCAAGUUGUAUACCGGUUUCUGGUCCGCCACCCGCACCCAUUUCAAGAGAGCGCAGUUUUGGUCAUUAUUCACUAUACGCAUGCUGCGCUUGUGCGUAGCAUUUGCCUG